AAGAAAAAAAGUGAGAGACCAUCUUCACUUUUUGGACCAUAUGUGAUUCCUAAUCAUGUCUCAUUUUGGUUUUGGUUCUCACAGUUUCAAAAUUGAAAAGAAAAAGGGGAAUUUAUCCUCCUACUCCUUUGCUUUGAUGAGCAGCUCGGAACUGCAACUCAGGAGUCAAGGACUCAGCUUGUUGAGCAUCCUAAGGCUUGUAAAUGGAUUCAAGAGAACCUUCAACUCUAAGUUCUGCCUAUUAUGAACAUGGGAGCAAGUGUAACGACGAGCUUCGCGGUUUGAUAUCCCAAAGGAAUCUACUUGGGGAUGAAGAUUCAAAGAUUGGCUCAGCAAAUUUGCCCUCCCCAUCUGCUAAGUUUCAGAAAAUAGCAGACAGAAUGGAUGAGAUUUCGCAGUCUGUCCCUUCUUCUAGAGGGAUUCUUGAACAGAACAUCAAGUUAAGAUCUUCCAUAGCAUUUUGGAAAGAGUGGAUCAAAGACCCUCUGAACAUUGCCUUUCUUUUGUGGAUGAUGUGUGUUGCGAUUUCGGGAGCUGUCCUCUUUCUUGUAAUGACUGGAAUGUUAAACAAUCUCCUGCCAAGUAAAUCACAGAGAGAGGUUUGGUUUGAGGUUAAUAACCAAAUCCUGACUGCUCUCUUCACUCUCAUGUGUUUGUAUCACCAUCCUAAGCGGAUUCACCACGUAAUACUUCUGUGUAGGUGGAAACCAAGCGACAUCUGUAUACUGCGAAAAAUGUACUGCAAAAAUGGAACUUACAAGCCACAUGAAUGGAAGCACAUGAUGGUUUUACUUUUAUUGCUUCACAUAAACUGCUUUGCCCAAUAUGCUUUAUCUGGCCUUAAUUUGAGCUACAAGAAACCUGAAAGAUCAGUUUUUGGAGUUUCAAUCUGCCUUGCUGUUGCAAUCAUUUCUGCUGCAGGUGCUGGUUUAUACUCCAUUUUCAGCCCACUUGGAAAGGAAUACAACUGCGAUGAAGAUGAGGAAAAUCCAAACCGAAUCGAAGAGAGCAUCUCAUUUGCUUCAAGAAUUGUUGACAAGCCUCAAUGGAGAGGGGGUCUGUUUCAUUUCCUUGAUGACAUUAAGACAGCCUUCCUAUCCCUCUUCUGCAGCUUCUGUUUAUUUGGAUGGAACAUGGAAAGGCUAGGAUUUGGGAACUUGUACGUGCAUGCUGCGACAUUUGUAAUCUUUUGCACUGCCCCACUUUGUUUGUUUGGUUUGGCAGCUAAUAUUGUGGAUCCUUGGUCUGUCAAAAUAGCUUUCAGUUUAACUGGCAUUCUUCUUUCUGUGUUUGGGCUGCUUUAUGGAGGAUACUGGAGGAUUCAAAUGAGGAAACGGUUCGACUUGCCGAAGAACAACUCGUGUUGGGGUAAACCAAAUGUUGCAGACUGUGCACAGUGGCUUUUUUGCUGCUGCUGCUCUCUUGCUCAGGAGGUUAGGACAGCUGAUUACUAUGAAACAAUGGAGGAAAACCUCUGCAAAAACCGAACGAAUGACAACGAUGGGAACAAAAUUCUUUCGCCAUUACCUCGUGAAGGUGGAACAAUUCAUGAGCUUAGAUCAAACCUGGCUUCACCAAUCUGGGAUAGUGUAAAGUUAACUGAGUUGAUGGCGAAAAAAGAUUUGAAUUCAAUCAGGUUGUUAUAUGAAACUGAUGGAGUAGAGCAGCUUAUGAAUCCCCCAUCUCCAUCAUCAAUGCAAAGAGAUGGUUUUGAGCUGAAAAUGACCAAAAAUCUUGCUGGAGAAAGGCCAUUGAGUCUCUGAGGAAUUUUAUACAUUCUAUUUUGUUUUGUUUUGGCCAAUGGCCAUGUUUGAACUGAACUAAUCUAUAGUUUUAUGUGUAUUAUUAUGUAAAUUCAUUGAGUAUAUAUGUUCAUUUAGUGCUUGUUUAACAUAUAAUAAGUAUGGUUAAAGUGAGCAUUGUUACUCCACUUGUUUGUAUUAAAAGAAAUACUUAAAACAGUAA